AACGCCGAUUGGCCGCUCCGUCCCGUCAAUCACGCGUGCACACGCCCUUUUAUAAUGCAGCAUGGGGCAGUGAACGUAACAAAAUGAAGGCUUCGUAGCGGAAUACAGUCUUAACAUCGGAACAGCUCGAACGAUUCGCGGUCUUUCACGAAUGGUGACACACAAUGCCGAUAGUGGACAAGCUCAAAGAGGCCCUGAAGCCGGGCCGCAAGGACUCCAGCGACGAGGGCGACCUGAACAAGCUCCUGGCUUCGUCCGCCAAGAAAGUGCUUCUUCAGAAGAUCGAGUUUGAACCCGCCAGCAAAGGCUUCAGCUACCAGCUGGAGACCCUCAAGACCAAAUAUGUGAUCCUGAAUCCCAAGAACGACGGCGCCGCGGCGCAGAGACCGACCGAACCUGCUCAGAUCAAGAGGCAAAUCUCGGAGAGCUUAAGCGUGGGGCAGAGCGAUGGGAUCCCUGCUCCGCAGAAGAUGCUCUUCCCCGGGAACAAGUUGUCCAUGAAGUGGGAACGGGUGUAUCGGGUCGGAGCCGGCCUCCACAACCUGGGCAACACCUGCUUCCUCAACUCCACUGUACAGUGUCUCACCUACACCCCUCCGCUGGCCAACUACCUGCUCUCAAAGGAGCACAGCCGAUCCUGUCACCAGUCGGGAUUCUGCAUGAUUUGUGUGAUGCAGAACCAUAUCAUCCAAGCCUUUGCGAACACGGGCAAUGCCAUCAAACCCGUGUCAUUCAUCCGAGAUCUGAAAAAAAUUGCUCGCCAUUUUCGGUUUGGGAGUCAAGAGGAUGCCCACGAGUUUCUGCGUUACACCAUUGACGCCAUGCAGAAAGCUUGUCUGAACGGAUAUCCCAAACUGGACCGACAAACACAGGCCACCACCCUGGUGCACCAGAUCUUUGGGGGUUAUUUGAGGUCUAGAGUGAAGUGCUCUAUUUGUAAAAGCGUGUCGGAUACGUAUGACCCAUACCUGGACAUCGCUCUGGAGAUUCGGCAAGCGGUCAACAUCGUACGAGCUCUGGAACUGUUCGUCAAGCCCGAUGUUUUGAGUGGCGAGAAUGCCUACAUGUGUGCCAAAUGCAAGAAGAAGGUUCCGGCGACUAAGAGGUUCACAGUUCACAGAGCAUCAAAUGUGCUGACGCUGUCGCUUAAACGCUUCGCCAACUUCAGCGGAGGGAAGAUUACCAAGGAUGUUGGCUACCCAGAGUUCCUGAACAUUCGGCCGUACAUGUCCCAGAGCACGGGCGAUCCGGUGAUGUAUGGCCUCUACGCUGUCCUCGUGCACUCGGGCUACAGCUGCCACGCUGGACACUACUAUUGCUACGUUAAGGCCAGUAAUGGACAGUGGUACCAGAUGAAUGACUCGAUGGUGCAUUCCAGUAACAUCAAGGUGGUCCUUAAUCAGCAGGCCUACGUACUCUUUUACCUGAGGAUCCCAGAAAAGAAAAAUACAGAUGCUUCAAAUACAAAGCAGAACAUAGUGCACUCUGGGAGAACUAAUAUGACACCAGAGCAGCUGAAGAAGAGCACACUCAAUGGACCUUUGUCUUCACCACAGGUUACGAAGAAACUUGAUCCCGCUCAGCUGAGAAAAAUCCAGUCUGUGGAUGGGGGUCUCGGUAUUCCAGUAGCCAGGAACUGUUCAGGGGUCCAGUCGCCGAAGAUGUCUAAUGGUACGGGGAACUCCCACGCCCCGCCCAAGCCGCCCAGUGGACCCACACUGAUCGAGGAGCCCUUUAAGAAAGUGAAGAAGCCCAUACCUCAGCCUCAGUCCCGCAGCAGCACUCCCGCUCCAUCUAACGGCCUCUCCAAGCCUGACACCGACAAGAGGAGCAACAGCGAGGGCCGCGGCCUGCCAUCAUCUACCUCACUCAAAUCUCUGUCUGACAGCUCCUCAGCAGACACCUCCUCUGAGUCUAAAGAGUCCAUCGGCACGAGGAGCGCUCCGGUGGGUGACGUAUCCAGCGGGAACAUCCCAGCGUCUCCAGCCAAGAGCACGGCGCGUGUGAGCUCAGAGGAGCAGAAAGUGGUAAAACUCAAACCCCAGGCCCUCACUAACGUCUCCUCGGAGCCCGUCAGCACCAUGUCCCCGCCGCCCGCCAAACGACUCGCCCUGUCCGCCAAGAAGGCCAGUCCGCGGCAGAGCCCGAGCAGCAGCACUGAGGCUCCGCCCCCUUCAUCGCAUCAUCUGUCCAGUGACCCCACACACCUUCUCAGUCGGGCAUCAACCCACCCGCACCACAGAUUUUCAACUCAUUCGCUCAACCUGCUAUCUCCACCUUCAACUUACCAUCCUAAAGAAUCAAGUCCCCUUAAACGGCCCUCCUCCACUCUAGAGCCACCCGCUCAUGCUCUUUCUCUACAGACCAAUGGCGUUAAGCCUAGUGCACCCAGACCAAGAACUAAAGGACUCCCCCAGGAACUCGCCAGUCCCACUCUAAAGAAGAAGAAAAAGAAACUAAAACGACGACAUUCAGAAGUACAGCAGGACACCCCCGAAGAACCAGCCCCAGAAGAACCAAAGCCAAGUACUGAAAUCAGGAAAAAGAAGAAAAAAAAGAAUAGGAAAAGGAACCAAGAGGCAAAUGGUCAUGAUGGACCGAGGGAGUGUGUGCAGUCCCAUCUCGAGCCCCUUCAGGAUGACGACUGGUGUCUGGGAGCAACUUGGAGCAUAGUCUCAGAAGCCAAAGAAAAGGAGUUUGUGACGAAAGCGGCAGAGAAACAUAAGACCAAACCUCAGUCAGUGUCUCCCUCUGACCAGCCUGAGACAGAACCCGUCCCGAAGAAGAAAAAGAAGCACAAACUCAAAGAGCAGCUUAAAGAGAUCAGCAAUGGAGACGUGGCUUCAAAGUGUGCUGUUGUAAAAGAGGUUAGUGGUGCAAACACAGAAUACCUCGGAGAGACCAGGAAGAAAAAGAAAAAGAGAAAACAAAAAGACUUCAUAGAAGAGGAGGAGAGACCAAGGGAUAAAGAAAAACGUCACAUGGAGCUUCAAGAGACCAAUGGAGACGAGUCUCCUUGUCAGAUGGGCAAAACGAGCAAGCAGAUAUCUGAUCCCAGCACAGCUGCCGUGGUCGUUUGGGACAGCCAGGUUCAGGAUGGCUACAAGCGUGACCAGAACCAUCGAGAAGCAGAGGACACGUUGAGGAAAGGCCAAUGCUGGGAUGGCAAGAAGAGCUGUGAUGUAGUGGAGGAGCUCCUCAGGAACUCCUCAGAUAAAGCGUAUGGAACCGAGAUCCUGAGUUGGGAAGGAGAUCUGUCGGCCAUUAGCAGAGAUGCUGCAGAGGACACGCGCUAUGCCAAAAACCAGACUGUCAUUGACGAGUGGGACAUGGAGUUUGACAGCGGAAAAGUAAAGAAAAUAAAAAAAUACAAAAAGGAGAAGAGGAGGAAUGGAAAUGUCUUCCAGAAGAUCCAAGAGCAUCGUAACAUGUGGUCAGUCACACCGGGAGGCAGACGGAGCAGUCUGGGGUUUCGUCAUUAAAAGUUUUGAAAUGCGGACCCCAGUGGUGGGCCCUCACCAGACCAGUUGCCUUAUUGGAUCAGCAGCAGUCGGAUCAGUCCGAGGUUCUUCAGAAGAACACCCGAGCGCAGCAGUACUGUGAAACCAAGCGAUGAGGCUGAGCUCAACUCCUGAGGCUUUCGUCACCGUCUGAAAUCCAAAACACACGCCAAUAAUGGUGCCAUUAUGAUCUUAGGAUCAUAGAAAACGAGUCAAACCCUAGAGUUUGCACCCUGUUAACCUUUAACGAUCGGAGUUCCUCUUACUGUAAUAAGAACAAGUGUUUCCCGGGAAAGACGCAACGCGGCAUGCAUUCGGUCUGUGACGAAAACCACCCAAGCUCCAAGGUCUUUCAUUGACAAUAAAAUCCUCACGCUUUCUAAAAACGGGAAAAUGUAGCCCCUCCCUCCUACGACUCAACAGAUAUCAUUACUCCCUUUAUAGAACUUUUAUCCGUUAAAUUAUUUUGCUUUCUCAUAUCUGGGCCAGAUAUUAUUUGCGUGACUGGGUCGUCCGUCGGAGGAAGUAGUGUUUCCACAAACACGCAUUGCUGUCUUACAUCGCAAUACAUUUAUUGCUUGUGAUUGUAAACUUUCAUGUCUUGCCUGCUCCAACUCACCUUUGCAGUGUUUGAUUUUGGUCCUAUUUCGAGGAAAUGAGACCGUUUAUUAAAUUUCUCCUCCGGCUUCCCCAAACAUUUCCCAUUUUCAGUCAGACGACGUGGUCUUUUAUGCACAGGGCUGCAUACAACAAUGCAAUACAUUUCAUCAUGUGAGCUAAAACACGGGCCUUAACACAAACCACUGUGUUUCUGCCAGGAGGGCUGAGUUACUGAAUAAUUGGAGUAUCCCCUUGUCUUUGAUUUAGCGUGUCUCAUCCUGUAUCUCUUUCCUACUCUCUAUGCAACUACAGCGGUCCCACGGACGCCCUACGAAGGGGUCGGUCCCGGGAAGAACUCCACUAAAGCUGGUCCAAACGUCAUCCGUGUGAGCUGUCCGUUAGCAGUGCUGUUAUACAUCGGGUCAAAAUGAUGUACAUGCUUAUUCACUCAAGAGCCGUCAUAGGAUGUUGAAGCUUUCCUAUUUAGGACAUUGUACAGUCUACCUUGUGCUCUUUCUCUCUCUCUGUGCCCCCUUCCAGUCCAAGACCAUCCCUUCAUGAAUCCUUGGGUUUUAGAAAAGUUGCCUUGGUUUAAUUUUUAAAAAUGAAUAGAACAUAUUGCAAAUUCUACUUAUUAUAACAUGUUAAAAUGCACAUUGCUAAAUGGAAGCCUAAUGUAUUUAAGGUUUGUGGAAAUGUAAAUGGGAAAUUUUAUUAACCAAUAGAUGUGUGUUCGGAGGCCGCUCUGAAGUCUUGUUCAGGACCCAGACACUGCGUUCUGUAGGAUACGUCUGUAUUCUCUUUAGAAGUUCACUUGAGAGGUGGUUUUCAGAGACUGAAAGCUGAAGAACACACCGAGUGUCUUUGUCAUAUUUGAAUCGAUGGUUCUGUACCUAAUGCCUUUUCUGAAAACGAGAAGUCAUUCAGUAUUGCAAAUACAUAAAUAUAGGUAUACUGGUGCAAUAAAGUUGUGAUUUUUGUGAAAA